AAACACCCAAUGUUCACUGAAUUCAAAAAGAUCUUAGUUUUGUCAUAAAUUUAAAGGACGACCGUCCAGACAUUUUCCUCAACUUAACUAGAAAAUACGAUCAUGGGACCCCCGUACACUCUAGCUGUGGUGGUGAUUUGUUGGAUUUUGAAUCAUAUCAAUGCAGAAAAUCUAACAGAUACAUCAGGGAUUGGAAUUGUUGUGUCUCUCUUUGGUCCCGGACAUUUAUCUCUGAUCGCAAGAAAUCCAAACAAUGUAAAUAUGACCUCGAUGAAAUCCGGCAAAAGUGUGCUUCCCAUACAAACCUACUACUUCAACACACCACGGGCAAAAAUUGUCAGCAUGGCGUCUGAUCCGAGGAAGAAUGCACUGUUUAUUCUAGAUUCUGACUCCCAUAGUAUCUAUAGAAUGGAAAAUUUCAACAUUUGGGUAAACGACACAAUGAGUAUUGUGCCCAUUCAGAAAGGAGUCUCCAAGACGUCUGCACAGAUUGCAUACGACUGGUACAGUGAAAUAGUGUACUGGGUGGAUGGUUAUUACAACUGGGUGGGGAUGCAGCCUGCUUUUACAACAGACAACAGUUUAUAUAAAAUCAUUAUCCACAAAGGAUUAAACAGACCAGAAGGAAUUGCUGUGGAUCCCAUAAAUGGAUAUUUGUUCUACUCAGAUAUGGGUAAACCUCAGCGAAUUGAGAGGUCAUCUCUCAUUGGUCAAGAAAGAACUUCCAUCAUAACAUCAGGCGUGGAUCGAGUCUACGACAUUACCGUAGACCAAAAGGAGCGGAGGUUAUACUGGGUGGACGCGGGAAGACACACUCUAGAGUCAUCUGAUUAUAACGGAAGAAACAGACGACUUCUGACAAGAAUGAAUUCCGUUAAAUUCACCUCAGUUGUCAUAUUUGGUGAAUUUGUAUAUGUGGCGUCAUUUACCAGCAAUACCGUGACCAAGUUAAAUAAGAGAACAGGCAACAUUAAUCUUAUUGUUGUGGUGGAUGAUGGGACACCUGUGGGAGCCGAAAUAUGGGACCCGACAAGUGACCUCCCUGUCUCUAAGGAGUGUCCAGAUUUUGGAUGUAGCCACAUAUGUGUUCACAUGCCGAGUGGUCCUAAAUGUGUUUGCAAAGAGGGAUAUACGCUGGCAACCGACAAUAAAGCUUGUGUAGACGAAAACCUACAAAAAGGUCUCCUUUUAGCCAACGCUACUCACAUUUGCAAUAUGGAUAUACGUCACAUAACUGCAUUGAAGGAAGACAUGUUUUGCCAUGCCGCCAAUCUCAGUGGUAUUAAGUACAUGGCCGUGGAUAUAGCAAACCAGUGGCUCUUUUAUGUUGAUUCGGAACUCAAUGUAGUAAUGCAAUAUUCUAUGAUCUUCAACAUCAGCACAACAAUUUAUGAAGCAACUCCAAAUGUUACAGGUUUGACCUACGAUUGGCUUGACGAAAAUCUAGUGUGGAGUACAUCCAAUAGUCUCCAAAAAGGAGCCAUACACGUCUUUUCCUUAACGAAAUGGGCGCACACAGAGCUGUACAGUGAUUUAGAGAAUCCUUCCUAUGUCAAAGUCAAUCCGUUGAACAGAGAACUUUACUGGAUUGAAGGCAGGGGGAAUAACUAUACAAUAAAAACCGGAAGCAUUGAUGGAAGUUCUGAAAAGGUGAUUGUUAACAGCGACUCUCUUAAAAAACCGACCGGACUGUUUUACCAAAUAGAGAAAAAUCGAUUGUUUUGGAUUAAUUGGGACAGCAUCCACAGUUGUAAGACUGACGGUUCCGAUUUGACAUCACACCUAAAUUCAAUCUCGGUGUUGUUCUUCGGAGUAGAGCUUCUUGUAUAUAAGGACCAUGCUCUAUGGACACAUGGGAAGUCUUUCAUGAUGACGGGCAGCAUUUUCCGAAAAUCCGCAGAGGUUAAAAUUGAUACUAGUCACUAUGGCACAUUAACAGGAAUGGCAAUAUACGACCCUGAUUUACAGCGAUACGAGAGAGGACCUUGUGAGAUUAUGAACGGAGGAUGUGAACAGGUCUGUUUACCCUCUGCAUCAGAAGUUACUUGCAAAUGCGAUUUUGGAUUCCGACUAAACAAGGACCUAAGAAACUGUUCCUCAGAUACUCUGAAGGACGAAUUUCUGAUAAUAGCUGAUCACACACACGGACGACUUUAUCAAGCGGCGUUGUCCGAUGGAGGGAUUACUGCCCUUGAUUUUCCUGCGGUCACAAAGCCUGCCUGUGUUUUAUAUAACAGAAAAACCAAGCUUAUAUACUGGGUAGAGAUAGAGAGUAGGGGAAGUCAAAUAAAGCAAGCUACACUUAAAGGGGAGAACACUACAGUCCUAAUGGAAGCAGGUGAUAUAUAUCCCGAUAGAAUUGCAAUGGAUUACACAACUGGCCAUAUAUACUUCACUGCUGUUGCGAAUGAUAUUUAUGAAAGUUAUGUGGGAGUCCUUCAUCCACAUCGAACAGUUCAUAAAAAACUGAUAUCCCAGCUAGGAACCCCCCGUGCUAUAGCAGUCCAUCCCUCCGCUGGGUACAUGUUCUGGACGGAUCACAACAAAAAUAGUCCACACAUUGGGCGUGCAUUCAUGGAUGGGUCUUCACAAAGAGUUCUACUUUCCAAGGACGUUGUGUGGCCUAAUGGUCUCGUCAUAGAUUUUAAAGAAAACAGAUUAUACUGGGCGGAUGGUCACACGGAUAAAAUAGAGUCGGUAGACAUACAUGGUUUAAACAGGAAAGAGGUUCUCAAAGUUCUUAACCAGCAGCUGGUGGACAUCGACUUGUUUGGGUCAUACCUGUAUUAUACUGCAUGGAAUACUCAAAAGGUAUCAAAGGUGCUGUUACACAGUAAUGGAACGGGCAGUCUGGUGGACUGGAUGCCGGAUGUUCCUGAAUUAGGACGACUAGAUUCCAUUGAAAUCGAUCCUGGGAAUAGUCAGCCAAAAAGCUUUGCAUGCCUAGUUAACAACGGAGAUUGUAGUACUUUCUGUCUCCCUACACCAAAUGGGCACACCUGCGCUUGCGAAGAAAACGUGAAUUUGCUGGCAGAUGGUAAAACGUGUGAAGUCAGCGGAGGUUCUCCAUGUCCUGAACGUUUGCCACACGGUUUUUGGUCGUCUAGCUGUCAUAGAUUACCCACGGAAAACUGCACUUACUAUUGUAAAGGGAAUUACCUACCAAAUAAAGCUUAUCCCUCUGUUCCCUGCGGGAGAGAGGGAGAGUGGUCGAUUCCCCCAGAAUUUCUAUGCCAGGCAAAAAGAUGUGUUAUCUUCCACCCAAUUCAUCAUUUGUUGAAUGACUGCCAACCGACUAUCGGGAAUGAAUGUGAAUAUGCUUGUAAUAAUGGAUAUCAGAAAAAUCCAGAUAUACAGAAAAUCAAGUGUCUGUCGACGCAAAAGUGGAACUAUAAUUCUUUUGAAGUGUGCAGACAAUUUGAUGUUCACGUUGACACGAUAGAAACAACACCAUCAAUUGUUCAGUGUCGGAAUGAAGACCUUCCAAAUGUUGAACUAAACCGUGAUUGUAGCAGAUUGCCAGACAAAAUUUGUUCAUUCACCUGCAAGGAAGGUUUCUCUAAAAAAGACGAAGAUAUUACAGACCUUGUAUGUUUACCAAACGGAAAAUGGAAUAUGAAUAACAUCCCCUUAUGUACAGAUACUUCGGGGAUAAAAAGUUUCAGACUCUCUCAAGAAAAGAAGAAAUCGAACACACCUUUCACAACCAUCGCUGCUGCACUAGCUGCUGUUUUCGGAGUGGUGCUGAUUGCCGCUCUAGUUGUUUUCUUUUUUUAUCGUCGACGAAAAAGAAGUGUAGUUGGCCGAUAUGAAUCUCAGCAAAAUGAUACCAAUGUUUAUUGUGAGCCUCAGAAGGGAAUAGUCAACCUAUCGGCUGACACCGGAAGUAGCACAGAAAAUAAUCAUUAUGCUCAAAUGAGCGACAUAUGACACUAAGGACCUUUAGAUCUGUUAUAAUUCUUAUAUAUAUACUUACUUUUAAUUGAAAGUCUACACUAAGGACUUUUAAAACAGCCAUAAUAGAAUAUUUUAUAUAAAGAAUAAGAAUGAGUCAAAAGACAAUACUCAUUGUUAUUUUAAUGCAAUUGCUUAAGGCUCAUCCUUGUUACGGUCUGGUUACAUAUUUGAGUUUGUAAAUAUUGUAUAAUUUUUCACUAAGUAUUUGUACUAUUAGAUCUAGAAUCACCCUGCAUUUUCCCCAUGCUUAAUAGCCUAUUUCUUGUUAAUAAAUAAAGAUGAAUGCACUGAUA